AGUAGCAAUACUCUAUUUGGAUAUCGAGUUAAAGAAAGAGUCGCGACGAGCCAUGGCGGCUCUGCCUUAUUUGCUGCAGAGACGCUUCCUCUGCACCAAAACCCACCAGAAAUGGAGCGUCAAACAAGUGACGAAGUCGAACUUCCAGGAAACUCUCUCGGAGAUCAAGACCGACAUCGCUGAUUCCGACUUUAUUGCCGUGUCGUUGCAGAGGACCGGCUCUGUGUCCGCGCCCUGGCACCGUGUCCUUCCAUUCGACUUGCCCGACACUGCUUAUUCUAAGGCCAAGCGGGCAGCCGAGCGCUUUCAGCUUCUCCAGUUCGCCGUCUGCCCCUUCUCCAUUAGGUCUUCCAAGCUCCUCGCUCACCCAUAUAACUUUCAUUUGUUUCCUAGGGAUGAACUGAAGAUAGGGAUGCCAUCUUAUAGUUUUUCAUGUCAAACGUCAUAUUUGACGUCCAUGGCUCGAGAAGGUUUUGAUUUUAAUACCUGCAUAUAUGAUGAGGUGCUUGAUUUGAUGGUAAAAUAUCCUAUACCUAGCAGAAGAAAGGUUAUUUUUGUGACAGGCAUAUCAUACUUAUCUAGGGCACAAGAGUCAGAAGCAAGAGUUCAGAUAGGGAAUCCAAUGCGUAUCACUCGUGUGGUGAAAUCUUCUUCUAACCCUACUGUUGCGGAUUCAGUUUUCAUUGAGAGGAUUAAAUCACGGGUUAAGCAUUGGAGAAAAUCAUGUAAAGACUCGAGCACAAAAUUAGAUGAGGCUCUAGUGAGAUCCCUAAAAAAAAUUGUCUUAGGGAGUGAAGAGUAUGGUUCAAGACCCUGCAUGAACAUAGAUGUUUGCAGUGAACGUCAAGUUGAGCUUGUGCUAGAGAUGUUGGAAGAGUUCUCUGAUGACCUUGUUCCUUUAAUAAUCCCAGCAAAGGGUGGAGCAACCCAGGCAGUUCGUGUUGUUUUGACAAGUUCAAAAGACGACAUGGUUUUAUUUCAGAAUGAGCUUCAAGAUCUCAAAGAGGAGCGGAACAAGAAAGUCCGUGGUUUUCGAGAGGUGAUCGACUUGAUUUCUGCCUCACAGAGACCUGUUGUCUCCCACAAUUCUCUUAAUGAUUUCACAUUUAUUCAUUCGAAGUUCCUUGCUCCUUUACCUCCUAAUGUAGACGAGUUCUUGUGGUCCUUGCACUCGGUUUUCCCACAUGUAAUUAAUGUCCAGCAACUGAUGAAGGAAAUUCGUCCUUUGAGAAAUGUUACCAAUAUACCCACAGCUAUUUCCUACUUAAAAGAUCAUUUCUUUGCACCUAUGGAUGUUGAAAUUCUGCAGCAAGAUGCUGUAAGUGAACGCAAGAUUCAUGGACAUGAUGUUCUAAGGAUUUCCCUUCUGUUUGCAAAGCUAUGCUCCAUCCUGCAAAUUGCUCCCAACCAAGCUGAUAGCAAAAAGUUGGUUCCAGCCCUCGAGGAGUAUGCGAACAUUUUGUAUCCAUUUUCUGCGAGUCCUCAGGAAUCAACUGAUGGCGAGAUUAGAAUUGGGACAAACAAUACAAGAAAAGUGAGCUGUAAGCAUUUGGUUUUCUUGUGGGGAUUUAAGCAUGGGAUGACCGCUGGAAUGCUGAAAAGCUUGAUCCAAGGGUCCCAUGAUAUUUUCUCAGAAGAAUUUGAUCUUCGUUUAGUGGAUAGGAGCUGUGCCAUUGUUGUUUUCUGGAAAGCUGGUUUGUCUGAAACUUUUCUGAACGUAAUGAAUAGCAAAGAGAUUUCUGGGUCUUUAAGGGAGCUGGUUUCGGAAGGCCUAAGAGCAGCAUCUUAUGGAAUCUACAAGAAGGUUUGUAGUUUGGGAAUAUGGGAGGUAGAUUUGGCAGAGUCCCUAGAAAAAGCUUUGGAAGAGUCUGACGGCCUUCAAAAUACUGAUUCUGUAGCAAAUUCACUGGAUGUGCACUGGUUUAGUGACUCUACCAUUAACUUGGAUGACCUCUGAAACGUGGUGCUGUGUUUCUUGAACUUCAUUAUUAGGAAGCAAGUUCAUGAAAUCAAAGUAAUGGUUUUUCUUUUGGUAGAAACGAAAUUUUGUUGCCAUUUAUGUAUUUUUUUUUCCUUAAAUUAAAAUUCAAUGCUUAUUUUUCGUA